GGUCAGUGGUCCAGCUGUGUUUCAAAAACAGGUUACGGUACUUCUGCUAACUUACUACAGCGAGUGAGGAUUGUCUGCGGUGGUGGGGACAGGGGAAACAUAAGAAAGGUUUUAUUAUUUGUGAGGUUAAAAGAAUGUCAAAGUUACCUGCAGUCGUUCAGUCUGCCCCAUCAGAUCCUGCAUACCUCUUUGCAGAAGAUAAUUAUGCAGAACCUUCAUUUCUUGGCAAUAAGGUGCCACAAAUCUUUGGAGGACUGGGAGGAUUUCUAAUGGCAAUCGGUCAUAAUUUUUCCCAAAGAAGGCCCUUGUUUGCAGGUUUGCCUGUUGUAAUUGGAGCCACAGCAUUGGGACUAGCCGGUGGAGUAUGGUGGCAGGAUAGGAGUGAACGGUAUUGGGCUGAGAGAGAUGCGAUUUAUCGCCACUAUAUUGAACUUCACCCUGAAGAUUUUCCAGCAAAAGAGAGAAUAUUGGUUGGAGACAUGUUGAAGCCCUGGGUCCCAGUUCGUUGAGCUCUCAUUUCUUUCAGUAGCAUCUAUCUUUAUCUACUUUGUAUGUAAAUAAUUUAAAUUAAAAUUUGUUUAAGUUUU